AUGUCUACAGGGUGCAUCCGCCAACCAUCCUCUGCUGCCACGUUGUCACGGACUCACAGGCUGCCAGCCUCCAGCCACCCCACCUCCGACACCCCCUGUUGCUCCUCCUCCUUCUCUGUCUCUCCAGCUGGUCGCACCCCCCGCUGGGUCUCAGGUAAACAGGAUGGAGCUUGGAGCCGCGAGUCAACACGGUCCCGCCCGGCGCACCGCGGGGCCUGUGCCGCCCGCCCGGAUAAGCAGGACAAACACAGGAUGCCUGCGGGGCCAGCCCCUCGCCCCUUCGCGCCGGGCCCGGCAGAGGGCGCCGUUCGGUUGCGGCUCCGCGGCCGGCAGCGGCUCCGGGCUCAGUCGGUCCCGGCGCUGGAGCCGAGCGGAGGCGGCGGCGAGUCCGCAGCGGGCGCGGGAGGGCGCCGCGAGGCCCCGGGGAUGGGCGCGGCCGGAGCGCUGGACCCGCGGCGCCCGAACGAGACGCUGCAGCGGCUGCUGUGCGGGGGGGGGCCCGGCAACGCCUCGGGCUGGAACCGGAGCCUCUGCGACCUGCUGCGGAGCCCGCCCGGGCCCCCCCCUGCAGACCUGGAGUUCACGGUGCGGGUCCUGCUCUAUGCGCUGAUCUUCCUGCUCAGCGUCUUCGGGAACUCGCUGAUCAUCUUGGUGCUGGUGCUGAAUCGCCGCCUGCGCACGGUUACCAACUCCUUCCUGCUCUCGCUGGCGCUGAGCGACCUGCUGCUGGCGCUGUGCUGCAUGCCCUUCACCCUCGUGCCCAGCCUCAUGGGCACCUUCAUCUUCGGCCCCUCUGUCUGCAAGCUCGUGGCCUAUCUCAUGAGCAUCUCCGUCAGCGUCUCCACCUUCAGCCUGGUGGCGAUCGCCAUCGAGCGGUACAGCGCCAUCUGCAACCCGCUGCAGUCCCGCGUGUGGCAGACCCGCUCCCACGCCUACCGGGUCAUCGCCAGCACCUGGCUGCUGUCCCUGCUGCUUAUGCUGCCCUACGCCAUCUUCAGCACCACCGUGCCCACCCGGCCCGGCCUCACCCAGUGCCAGCACCGCUGGCCGAGCCAGCCCUUCAAACAGGCCUGGUACAUCCUGCUGCUUCUCAUCCUCUUCUUCAUCCCCGGCAUGGUGAUGGCCGUGGCCUAUGGACUCAUCUCCCGUGAGCUCUACCGUGGCAUCCGCUUCGAGAUGGACGUCAAGAGAGAAGCCACCGGUCUCCAGCACGGCAGCACGGAGCCCCUGGCACCAGGGAUGGAGGACGACGGCUGCUACGUGCAGCUGGCCAGGCCAGGGGGGGCGCUGGAGCUGAGCUUGCUGGGCCGGGUGGGCACGGGGCAGCAGGACCGCGCCCGCGUUAACAGCUCGCAGGCCAUGCUGCUGGCCAAGAAGCGGGUGAUCCGCAUGUUGAUCGUCAUCGUGGUGAUGUUCUUCCUCUGCUGGCUGCCCAUCUUCUCCGCCAACACCUGGCGUGCCUUUGCCGCGGCCUCGGCCCAGCGGGCGCUCUCGGGCGCCCCCAUCUCCUUCAUCCACCUGCUGUCCUACACCUCGGCCUGCACCAACCCGCUCAUCUACUGCUUCAUGAACCGGCGCUUCCGCUCCGCCUUCGCCGCCACCUUCGCCUGCUGCCGCCCCCGGCGCCCCCGCCUCCCCCCGCCCGAUGACGACAUGCCUGCCACUGGCGCCUCCCUCUCCAAGAUCAGCUACACCACCGUCAGCAGCCUGGGGCCCACCUAGCACCCCCCGUCAGCAGCCUAGUGCCCCCCCAUCAGCAGCCAGGGGUCCCCCUGGCGCCCACCCGUCAGCAGCCUUGCCCCUCCAGAACCCCCCAAUCAGCAGUCAGGUGUCCCCCCAUCAUGAGCCUGGGGCCCCCCUAGCGCCCCCUUGUAAGCAGCCAGGGGACCCCCCCGGGACUCCCCUUGUCAUCAGCCGGGGCCCCCCUAGCAACACCCUGUCAGCAGCCUAGUGCUCCCCGUCAGCAGCCUGGCACCCCCCUAGUGCCCCCCCCAUCAGCAGUCAGGGGCCCCCUGGAUGCCCCCCUGUCAGCAGCCUUGCCCUCCCUGGUGCCACCCCGUCGGCAGCCUGGCGCCCCCCUAGCAUCCCCCCAUCAGCAGCCAGGGGUCCCUCUGGCGCCCACCCGUCAGCAGCCUUGCCCCCCCGUCAUGAGCCUGGGGCCCCCCUAGCGCCCCCUUGUAAGCAGCCAGUGGAUCCCCCCGGGACUCCCCAUGUCAUCAGCCAGGGCCUGCCUAGCGCCACCCUGUCAGCAGCCUAGUGCCCCCCCGUCAGCAGCCUUGCCCCCCAUCAGCAGCCUGGGGCUCCCCUAGCAUCCCCCGUCAGCAGCCUGGUGCCUCCCUGAUGCCCCUCCAUCAGCAGCCUGGGGCCACUUUGAGUCCCCUCUGCCCAACCAUCAGCCCCUGUCCCCCCAGGGCUGCAUUGCCCCAUGGACUCCUAAAGUCUGGGGCCUGGGCUCCCUGGUGCUGGAAGUGGGGCCCAGGGGCUGGGAAAUGGGGGGUGCUCUGCCACGGCUGAGGACUGGGCUGGGCUCGGGCGCCAGCCCUCCCGGUUUGGCUGGAAGUCUCCGGGAAUCAGGCUCCAUCUCCACGUGCCGUGCCUGGGGCAGGGUCUCGGGGGGUGAUGCGGGAGCUGUGCCCGGGGUGGGGUCUCGGGGGGUGACGCGGGAGCUGUGCCCAGGGUGGGGUUUCGGGGGGUGAUGGGGGAGCCAUGCCUGGGAUGGGGUCUCUGGAGGGUGAAGGGGGAGCCUUGCCCAGGGCUGGGUCUCUGGGUAAUGGGGGAGCCAUGCCCGGGGCGGGGUCUCUGGGGUAACAGGGGAGCUGUGCACGGGGCGGGAUCUCAGGGGGUGACAGGGGAGCUGUGCCUGGGGCGGGGUCUCAGGGGUUAACGGGGGAGCCUGUUGCUGAUCAGGGGGGCAGAGACUGCCGACCAGCCAGGCUGGAUAUUCCCUGCCGGAGUCAGUGGGGGACAGUGCAGGUCAGGCUCCUGGACCCCCAGUGUCCCUGUGCCCAGCUGCUGGCAGCACCUGGCAUUGGCCACCUGGGCUCAGAGCUGGUGCCCCCCUUUCCCCUCCCCCACCCAAUGCCCCAAUGGCUGCAUCAGUGACCUGGUCCAGCCAGUGCCCCCCACAUGCUCCAGGGUCAUGUCAGCAGAGCCCAGCCCGUGCCCCCCAUGUUUCUGUGCUGCUGCUAGGCCCCAAAUGGGGCCCGUGGAUAAUAAACACCUUGGAACGGC